AUGACUGCGACACUACCGACAGAUAUAUUUCGAUUAAUCCUCGGUCACUUGGAGGCUGAUGACAUUAGAGUGUGUCGAUAUGUCUGCAAAGAGUUCCUAGAAUUGUCUAACCUGCGAAGCGUCUGGGAUGCACUUCUUCAAAAAGCCAUUCAAAGAAAUAUCCCGAUUCCUGGUCUCAACCAAAAGUUAAUCGAGUCACUGUCAGCCAAAGAGUUGGAAAUUUCCUUGCAUAAAGCUAUCACCUUGAGAAAUAAUUGGACUUCUGCAUCCCCGACGCUCAAACGAAGCAUAUCUUUAAAUGCGCCCCCUCAACAUCGAAUUGUUUCGGUCCAGUUCGUGCCCGGCGACGACCAUCGGUGGCUUAUUUCUCUAUCGAUGUCGCAGCCUCGAAGUUUUGUUCUACAUUGCUGGGAUCUACAGACAUCAACUUGUAUCGCUAGACGAAGCAUACGCCAUUUUGCAGGGAUGGCCUUGAACAAAACCAGCAUUGAGGGAGGUAUUGUUGCCAUUAUGAAUCCACACAUAGAAAUUCUGGGUCUUGACCAUGAAGCGACAGACCCAGAUAACGGCUUUAAAACGUUAGCCACCUACCCAGAGGACUCACAAACUCAUGGAAUGCACCUAUUUUCUGGCUCAUCUUUGGUGACCAGAGAUAACAAUGGACGACUUACCCUCUGGGACAUGAAGAAUCAUAUGAAAAUAGACAUACGAAAUCCUGAAUUACCGUUGAGCACACCCCUCGUCGACAUUCUCGUGACGAAAGAUUUGAUUUUAGCGUUGAGGCUUUCAACUCUGGAAUUGUAUGCGUUGCCGGACUUGUCGACUAGCGCAUCGGUGCCCAACAUGGUAAUUAAUCCAAUAUACGUCUAUAAGUUUCCCUGGAGGGUGGACAAUGGGGUCAUGACAAUUCGGCAGCGUCCUGGAACAAGGAGGUUCAAUGACAUCUGCGUAGUGUUACGCUACGGAAGUUAUUAUCCAUGGGCGAUAAAUCUCCUCCACCACUAUGAGAUCCGGCCCAAUCGCUUCUUCUUGAAUGAUGGACCCAUAAACACGGGGAACCUGCCUUAUCAAUUUCCUCCUGUACUGCAGGAGACAAUUGCCUCUCCUGUUCGGUUACAUGCAAUAUCAGACUUGGCUGUUGGACCGUAUGGCACAAUCUUGUGGACGGAUAGUCACACCGAAGAUUAUUUCAAUCACGCAGAUCGUGGUCAGAGAUUGGCGGGGAGAUUUUCAGGAUUCGUUGAAGGCGACAAUGACGAGAUAGAGUUGUCUGAUCAAAUUGCAACUACGAGGGCUGAGUCGGUCUAUGCCUAUCAGGAAGAAGAUAGCUGGGUUCGCAUAGCGCUAGACGAAAGAGAUGGGAAGAUAGCUCUAGGUCGUGAUGAUGGAAAAAUUUCUGUUUUAGAAUUUAUUUGA